CACCGGUGGUAUUUCACCGUUGCACUCAGUAGGAAUAGUGCUGCACCAGGACCACCGCAAAGUCCUCACAACAUCAAAGUCUUUUAUUUAUUGUUGUCCUUCCUGGAACAACUUUGAUGGCCAAGCUCCAGGGUUUUGAGUUCUGGAGGAAGACCUUGAAAGGAGCACGCUUUGUGGUGGCACCCAUGGUGGACCAGAGCGAGCUGGCCUGGCGCCUGCUGAGUCGCCGGCACGGUGCUCAGCUCUGCUACACCCCCAUGCUGCAUGCUCAGGUGUUUGUUCGUGACGCCAACUACAGGAGAGAAAACCUCUACAAUGAGGUGUGUGAAGAGGACAGACCUCUCAUCACGCAGUUUUGUGCCAAUGAUCCAGAAGUGUUCCUUCAGGCAGCUCUGUUGGCCCAGGACUACUGUGAUGCCAUUGACCUCAACCUGGGCUGUCCGCAGAUGAUCGCAAAGAGAGGGCACUAUGGAGUUUUUCUGCAAGACGAGUGGGAGCUGUUAGAGAAAAUGGUCAGGUUAGCCAAUGAAAAGCUCUCAGUGCCCAUCACAUGCAAGAUCCGUGUGUUUGAGGAGAAGGACAAGACGGUCCGCUAUGCUCAGAUGUUGGAGAGAGCUGGUUGUCAGCUGCUGACGGUGCAUGGCAGAACCAAAGACCAGAAAGGGGCCAUGACAGGUGUGGCUAACUGGGAGCAUAUCAGGGCCGUACGGAAGGCAGUAAAUAUUCCAGUGUUUGCCAAUGGCAACAUUCAGCACCUGAGUGAUGUGGAGCGCUGCAUUCAGGAGACAGGAGUGCAAGGAGUGAUGAGUGCAGAGGGAAACCUCCACAACCCAGCACUGUUUGAAGGAGUAAGCCCCCCAGUUUGGGAGAUGGCUGGGGAAUAUCUGGAGGUGGUGAAGCAGUAUCCCCCCUGCACUCUGUCCUACGUACGAGCCCACCUAUUCAAGCUCUGGCACCACACGCUACAGAUUCACCAGGACCUGAGAGAAGACUUGGCCAAGGUGAAGACCCUCGAGGGUUUGGCUAGUGUCAGUAACCAGCUGAGGCUGCGCUGCGAGGAGGAGAUAGCCAAAGGAAAAGAUGCAGAAGAGAUGAAAAGUGGCCUGCCAUUUCCCCAUUGGAUCUGCCAGCCAUAUGUCCGACCGCCGCCAAAGAAGCCAGCUGCCAAUGGAAACAGCCAGGGUCCAGAGAUGAGGAAGGCUGUGUGUCAAAAGAGGGCGCUGGAGGACUCUGAUGGAACAGCAGACACACUCUCCAAAAACAAGCAGAAGAAGAGAUCUCGAAACCCCAACAAGAACUUCUGUCCCGAGCAAAAACCUAAGUACAUCAAAUGUGAGCAGUGCGGGAACCCAAAGGGAAAUAAAUGUGUCUUCAACCUGUGUCGAGGCUGCUGUAAGAAGAAGGCUUACAAGGAGGUGGCAGACUGUCCAAGCCAUGGGCUGAGGUUCAAGUCCAAGGCAGAGAAACAGAGAGCUGAGGAGGGCAUGAGGAAGGAGGAAGCGAGGACGGAGGGUUUGGCAGUAGAGACAAAGAGAAGCAGCAGCUCUUUCCAGCCUGUCCCAGAUCCAAGUCCUGAGCUGCAGGUGCAGCCUGAGGCUGCCUCAGCAUGUCAGAGUCCCACCUAAUCUAGGUCAUUUCUCUGAUUACAACAGGUUAACACCCUUGAAACAUAUUGAGUUGCGUUGAGUCCAAACGUUCAUCACAGUAAACAUCAGCUGCUAGACUGUUGUGUAGACCUGCUUUGGGGGGGUGCAGUUGAAGCUCAGUGUGUGCAUGUAGAGGUAAUCAAGGAUGAAUCAGGACAUACAGAACAUACAGCUGCUGAGUAACUGCAGCAAAGAAGAAAAUGUGGAUGGACAUUGAUCAGCAGACCAAACGUGUAAAGAAACUUUUAUGUGAUGUAAAUUUCUUGAGCAUUGAUUACAUUACAUUAUUACAUUGAUGGGACCUUUGGAAAAGUUUCUCAACUUAUUCUGUCAUCUUUCAUUUUUGAAACAGAUUUUAUGAGCAAAAGUUGUGAGCCACGUUAAACCAUUCAGUAAAACACUUUGUCCUAA